UCAUCAUAAUUAUAUGCUUACAGCCUAAUGCCCCUUUCUUCCCACUUUUCUGCUUUCUUGGAACAUGGCAAAGGUGUUGGACUUGUCUCAGACUACAGAUUUGGGAUGUCCAACAACAGUGGCAUAGAGGCAAACUCUGCCCACACACUGGGGAGUGUGAACUGCCACUCAGCCUCCAGUCAACCCAACAUUGGCAGGUGGAUCGAUCCCAGUGGAGAGGAGAUCCCAUUCCUUGGGAACCACAUAUUCCAGGUCCAGUUCUACACCGCCACCUACCACAGCUACACUUCUAUCACCCUCAAAGAAGGUGUCCAGUUCAGCAGGGAGGAUGAAGGAGUCUACAGUUGCAUCAUUCCUGAUGAGAAUGGAGAAGAACAGACUCUUCAUUUUGGUCUCUAUGACUACGGCUACACCUCUGACCUCCCACCCCAGCUCAUCUCUGUCCGAUACAUCUCAGAAUAUCCAUUUGUCCUCUCCUGUGACUCCACCCACCUUCCUCCCUACCAAGUCCAGUGGGAAUUCAGCGAUGAAGACUCCUUCUCUUUCUCCUCUCACCUCGUUGACAGGAAAAACUCGACUUAUGAGAACAUUCUAGUCGGUCUUAAUCCGGUCGGAUCGACCUACAAAUGU